AUGACGACACUCGUCUGUGUUGGGGCAUGCUACCUCGACACAAUUCUUAGGCAAGGGCACAACAUCGCCGAGACAUCCCGUCGCCUGGUUGCUAAUGAAAAACACAGUGUGCCCUACUUUCCCGAGGAAGAUUCAAAGCUACGAGCGACUAGUCUGAAAGUCCGCAGAGGCGGCAAUUGUCCCAACUCACUCGAGGUGUUGCAACAGCUUCUAGCCCAGCGUCCAGGUCACAAUGUGACACCGUACCUGAUCUCGGUGCUGCCGUCGAAAUCGUCUCAGGCGACAGCGAGUAUCAAAGCUUCCUUCGGAUCCGACUCGAUUGUUGAUUUGACUAGGUGCAUUUAUCGGGAGCAGCAUUCAGAUCCGGCGAGUAGCUACAUAAUACGUAGCGAGGACACGGGAUCCCGUACCUCGGUAAACUUUAAUGACCUACCAGACAUGACGGGGGAUGAAUUCCUUGCCGCAGCGAGCGGUUUGCAAGGCAGGACGUGGUGGCAUUUUGAGGGGCGAGUUCCGGAAACGACGUUAAGGUGCAUUAGACAUCUGCGGAAAGCAUAUCCGAACACCAAAAUCAGUGUGGAGGUCGAAAAACCGGGGCGGUCGGGUUUGGAAGAGCUGGCGUCCGAGGCAGACGUCGUCUUUUACUCGAAAGGUUGGGCUCAGGAUAAAGGCUACCAGACAGCCGAGGAAUGCCUGGAGGCCCAACGCAUCGUGGCUCGCAAAGCGUCUCUUCUCUUGUGCACUUGGGGGUCGGAUGGAGCGUCGUGGAUGUCACUUCCGAACAGGAAUUACUCGUCCUGCCCCGCGUUAUCUGCUGGGCAGACGGUUCGCGUAGUUGAUACAGUAGGUGCAGGUGACACGUUCGUCGCCGGGAUUCUUUUCGCCCUUCUGUGUCACCUUGAGGAUGGGGAUGUGGAGAGCACAGUCCGGUUUGCCGUGCAGCUUGCUACCUGCAAGGUUCAGAAGGAGGGAUUUGGUGGCGUUGGCCGAGAAGUAAUGGGAAGCCGACAGGCUUCGUUGGUGUGA